AUGCCUUUGGACCCUUUCAGUGAUAGUCUUUACGAUGCUACAAAGAAGGGCGUCAUCCCAUGUAAAAUCAUCAACUGUCUCUUCCCUAACACCAUUGACGAACGCGCCAUCAACAAAAGUGAUAACCUCUUCUACGCCAGCCAUAGGGUAGAGAAUCUCCAACUAGCUCUCUCGGCUGCCCGAUGUAACGGGUGUGCCGUCAAAACAAUAACUGUGGAUGAUCUUAUGGGUGCUCGAACUUACUUCAAAUUAGCGAGUCUAGAAUUUUUUAAGCAGGUCAUUUUAAAGGGUUUCUUUCGGAAGAUAAAUAUUCAUGAACACCCCGAAAUCCUUACACUUCGUCACGUUAACGAAGACCUUAAUGACUUGAGGUGUUUAUCACCAGAACUCGUCCUCAUCAGAUAUGUAAAUUACCACCUCAAAAGUUCUGGCAUCACCAAAACCCUUACAAGUUUUGAAUAUGAUCUCUCUGAUUGCAUGGUGUACGCUCAUUUACUUUACAAAAUCGCACCAGUGACUGUUCGUCCCAGACUUCUUCCCGCAGACCAAGUUCUGCUCGAUAACAACAUUGGAAAUCGUGCAAAAGCCGUUCUCCAGAAUCUGCGGGAGCUCGGGGCAGAAAUGUUUCUGUGCGAAGAUGAUUUCGUUCAUGCUGAACAUCACCGGGAAUCGCGUGGUGUGCUCCAUCUUAUUACAGUGGCCUUUCUUUUUGACCGAUUCGCCGGGGAAAUGAAGGCUUAUGGAGGCGGUGAUUUCCCCGUCUCCAAAGAAGAUGUUAACGAGUUGUCUUCACGAAACUUUGUUAAUUCCCUGAAUGUUUCCCCUUACUGCACACAUAUAAUUAGCAACCUCCGUGAUGGAUUGAUUGCGAAGCAAAUCUUUGAGAUCCUCCGACCAGGAUUCACAACUGGACUAAAAUUUACACACGAGUUUGACUUUAUUCGCAGGGAUGCACAGUUCUUGCAAAACAACACGUGCAUUCUAAGGCUGGUGCAGGGCUAUCCUUUCCGUUUGCCUAGCCUAGAUGCCGAAAGGCUUACAAAAAGUGACCAGGCGACCUGUGAAGCUCUGCUGUUGCAAAUGCUUCGAAGCUACCUCACUAGAGACGCUUACGACGAACACGAACUACUAAGAUGGGUCAAUGAUCAGCUAGCUCGAGCCGGGAAGCCUAUCGAACUGAGAAGUUUUAGUGACCGCAUAAUAGCCGACGAGUGUCUGUUUGCAGUUGUCUUGAACAACCUUGUCAGUGGACUGGUAUCGAGGGAUUGCCUCCGAGGGAAGCGCCACGAGAAUGCCAGGUACUAUAUUUCAAUAGCACACAAGGCAGGCUUCAGAGUGUACACCAGACCAGAACACUUCGACCUUUGCUCUCCAAGAUGGGUGGCCAUUGCUUUUGCUGCUCUGCGUUGGGGCUGA